AUGGGGUUUUGCUUUCUGAAGAACUGCGCGUCCUUCACUGACAUGGCUUCCAUCUACAAAGCCUUCUAUCGAAUAUUCGCCACCUCUCCUGAACAUGAUGACUGUUAUUCUGCUCUCCUCCUUCCGCUGCUGCAAAGAAUUUACAGCCGCUUCCAGAGUAUCGUUUUGCAGCGCCUCGCCUUUGAUGAUUCUCGCUCAUCCGAACGUGCGACUGAGCUACUCUCGCAGUUCCAAGGCAUAGAGCCCCUAGUGACGAAUCUACCCCUCCCUCACAUUCCUGCGAUUUGGUCAAAAGUCUUUCCGGAGGGUCGAUUGCCAUGUGGUUGCUCCUUCGCACUGACUAAAGCUCUCUUAGAGCCCGCGGAACAUGACCACAAGCCCUGCGAACCCACGGAAAGUGACAACCCGAAUGGUGGCUCUUUCGCUGAGACAUUUAAGCAUACCCUGAUCGACUGCAUCGUUGAUCUGCGUUCCGUCCCAGUUCAGGCCUUGCCCGAAGGCCUCCUUUUCUUCUUCAAUAACCUGGAAAUUUUCGUGCAGGCUGAAGAUUCGCCUCUGGGCUGCUUUCGUUUUCUCAUAAUUGCCUAUAUGAUCGAUUCGGAGGUGCAACCCGGUAAGUGCUUGGGAGUGAAAAUGAAUAAACACCUUGUUUCAUCAACCAAGUCCACUGACCGUCUUGUAUCUGUACAUGUUGCGCCUUCCGGCCUAGCUGGAGAAACUGGUGCCAAGGAUUAUUACUUAAUUUGGAUGACGCCGGUUUUCUCCUGCGUAGACACUUCGUUUUCGGUCACGGAUGAGGUUAUUAGUUGCUUCCGUGCUCUUUGA